AUGUGGCGGGAUCGAGUCCCCAACCACGCACCUUGCACUCUACGCCUUCCCCUUCAAUGGGAUUGUAUGAUUUAUAAGGAUGCAACACAGCGAAAUUCUGGUAUAUGUGCGGCAGGUGUGCGGCAGGUAUCCCGAGGUUGACAUGACUUCCGCAGGAGUGCGGCAGAAAUCAUGGAAUUUUGGCAGAUCUGCCGCAGGUCUGCCAAGAUAUUUUUCAUUUUUCUGUAUUAUAAUGAAAAGAAUGCCUAUAAGUUGAGAGUAAGGUGGCAUUUUAAUUGAUUAUUUGUAUAAAAUAGAUGCAUAAGUUGACCUAAUAUGAAGAAAAAUUAAUGGCUCGUACGAUUUUUCGAAUGAAACAUGCAAUUUUCAUUAGAAGUCGCAAAAUUACCUCACUACAUAGUUUCGGAUUAUUCCCAACUUCGACACAAGUCGACACAAUGAAGAGAAUAUUUGAACUUUAUAGUUUUGCAAUUCAUCAGAAGACAGGACGAUAAAAAAAUUGCAACGUUUUUCCAAAAAACAUAUCUAGAUUUUCGAAGGGCUCUUAUAUUGGCCUAAUGUGGGUCUGAAUUUUUUGAAAACUCCAAGCCAAUUUUCUAAUAGUCUUAAAAUGGCUCGAGAAGUCACUGAAUUUUUUUUAAGCCUGGGGAAAUUUUGUGAAGGCCUUAGAGUAGCCCAGGAACUCACUGAAUUUUUUUUGAGAUCGUGGAAAAUUUCUGAAGGCCUUAGAGUGGCCCGGGAACUCACUGAAUUUUUUGAGAUCGUGGAAAAUUUCUAAAGGCCUUAGAGUGGCCCGGGAACUCACUGAAUUUUUUUAAGCCUGGGGAAUUUUUCUAAUAGUAUUAAAAUGGCGAGAAGUCACUAAAUAUUUUUAUUAACAGCUCUAAUUUUGCAAAAAAAAAAUUCUUCACAGUGUAAAUUUUUGCUUGAAAAAAGCUGUGUUAAAUUUUGAAUAUUUUGAAAUUUUUCAGCAAAAAUCUGCUGAAAAUCGAAGUACUUUUUUCGUGAUAAGUACUCUAUCUUAUUGUUAGAAAUUUGCAAAAUAAGCACGAGAAUAGUUUUCUCAUGAUAUCACGGCUUCAGAAAAGUCCAUUCAGAUGUAAUAAACAAUUUUCGGAGUAAAUGGAGUCGUGAAUAUCUCUUGCCACCAAGUUCUUGUAUUUUGCGAGCCUAGCAAUAUUAUUUUUAGGGGUCAAUUCAUAACCAUUUUGUUCAGAACGAGAUUUUGCGUCGCAUAGUUAAGAUAAUUUCUUGCGAAAACUAACGUGUUCUGUUCACGUAAAUAAAACCGAAACAAAGGCGCACACAAUAUUUCAGAAAGGUCCCACACGGAAACGCGCUUGUGUGUACUUCUCCCGGACAAUUUACAAAAUUUUUUUCUUUUUUUUUGCUUUCUGCUCACACCCGUUCAAACAAUGAAAAAAUUAGAAAUUUCUUUUAUUCACACUGCGCCACAAUUUGCAAAGGAACUAGCUAACUAAGUGGCAAAACUAAAUAUACCAUUAGAAUCAGCGCAUCGAGAUCUGUGUGAGACUAUGCAUUUCGAAAUUUUUAGGGUCCUGCGAAGAAAGUUAGCAAUCGCGACAAGACCCAACGCAUGAAAUUUAUUAUGCUCCUUUAAUACUGUAGUGCGAAAUAUAACGGCGAACAGAGAGAAUUAGACAAAAGUGUUUGCACAGUUUUUUGUUUCGUUUUACAGUAGAAAACACUCAUUGCGUGGCUUGAACGGGUGUGUGCUGUUGUUUUGUUUUUAUGUGUUUAUUAAUGAAAAUGUAGAGGUAAAUUACGAAAUGUUAGAUUUCUUAUCAGAAUUUCAAGUUAGUUUAACAAUAUUAGGUCUAUUAAAUUUCAUAGAGCUCAGAUAACCGACUAAUUCGAUUUAAUCAUCUGAACUUAAUAAUUGACAAGAGGACGGAAUUGCUGUCCUACUUGUCCUACCCGAUGUUGUUAAACGACAGUUAAAUGAGUUCAUUUAACUUGAAUCACUCUCAAAAAUCUAUAAUUUGAUGCCUGACACCAGAGAAAAAGUAGAAAAACUGAAAAAGCGCAGAAAUGAGCAAAAUAGAAAAACAGGCAUUUCAGUUUUUCUUCAGCUGAUAGGACAAUUAGGACAGCCAUUCCCUUUCUUGAGGUAACCUGUAAACCAGUUGAAAGCUUGUUCGGAUUCUUAAAUUCUAUUACAAUAAAUGCCUAAUUCGUCUUUGAAAUGUUUCCGCAUUUCCUCCGAGAGAACUUUUAUCGUUCUUUGGUGAUAAAUGGUAUUUUUUUUUUCAUUCAAGUUGCCUAUUCAGUGUCGAAAUUUGUUGUAAGUAGACUUUUGGAGCCACUCUUCAGCUAAAUUGUUAUGUCCUUUAGAAUGAAUAUAGUUACAAAUAACUUCGAGGUCAAAAAUAAUGAACUUUCUUUCAUAUUUUCAUUUAUUUUAUAUGCAAAUUGUUCUUCUCUUAGUGUUCUGUCAAUAUAUUAUUUCAGAAGUUACAAUCAACAAUCUCAAGAUUUGCGGAAAGCGGGAAAAAUCAUGGUACGUCGUUUUUUGUGAUUUUAAAAUUUGAGAAAUUUUGAAUCCUCUAUCCGUAAAGUUUGAUUAUUCACUUGAAUGUAAAAGUUUGGUUAUUCACUCAAAAUUUCAGAAUAUUUUUACAUUUCUGGAGUCUUUAUUUGCUCACCAGUGUUUUAGGUGUCCCGGGAGAUUUUCAAUAAGAAAUGUACCUUCGUAUACAGUCUCACUCUGAGCCCUUUGUCAUGGGACGAUGCGCGAAGAAAAAAAACGUCAAAAAACGUGUUUCGAAACAUAAAAAUGCAAUGCACCAAAUGUCGCAAAACGUCGCGAAACUCGAGUUUUUCAACAUUGAAAUGUCGCGAAACUGUUUAUACAAGUAAAAACAUUUUAAGAAUCGAUCUCCAGUGUCUGUGGUUUCAGUACGAUACAAAAAAAACAUGCUUGUUUCGCGACAUUUCAAUGUCGAAAAACUCGAGUUUCGCGACGUUUUGCGACAUUUCGUGCAUUGUAUUUUUAUGUUUCGAAACACGUUUUUUGACGUUUUUUUUCUUCGCGCAUCGUCCCAUCAGUGUUUGUCUGAAGAGCAUAAUACUUAAGCUAAUUAGCCAAAUGUUUUACUUUUCGGACAAACACUGACAGUACUCAGUUUAGCAGCAAUUUGUUCAUCUUCGUUGUCGUUUAUUUUUCUAGAGAAAUUCUUAACAUAACAAACCCCAGCCAAUCCGUUUCAGGCUAGGAUACUGAAAGAAUAAUGAAAUUUCAGUUUCUGAAAGGGAAAAACUGAAAAAUUGACAUUUUUUACUGAAAGCUUUCAAUUUUAAAUUUUUGAAACCACGAAUUUUCUCAAUCUUUAGAUUUUUGUACUCCUGUUUUUCAUCUCGUCUAAGGAUUGAAAAAUAUCAUGGUUUUCAAAAUUGAAAAUUGAAAGCUAACUUUUUUUCAGUAUAAAAAAAAUGUCAAUUUUUCAGUUUUACCCUCUGAAAUUCAAUUGUUUUCAAAUUACCUAGUUUUUGCUAUUGAACUUUCCGAUGUUUAUCAAAAAGAAAUAGUAACUGAUACACUUUUUUAAAACAUAUUGCAAGACUACUGAAAUUUUCAAUUAAAUCAUUCACUGUGCUCUUUUUCUGAAAUUUUUCUUGAAAAAUGAACGACAACAAAAGAAAAAUCAGAAAAAAUCAGCGUUGUCGUCCAUUUUUCAAGAAAAAUUUUAUAAAAUGAGCACAGUGAAUAAUUUAAUUGAAAAUUUCAGUAGCCCCGGGCCACUCUAAGGCCUUUAAAAAUUUUCCCAGGCUUAAAAAAAAAUUCAGUGAGUUCCCGGGCCACUCUAAGGCCUUUAGAAAUUUUUCCCACUCUUAAAAAAAAUUCAGUGAGUUCCCGGGCCACUCUAAGGCCUUUAGAAAUUUUCCCCAGGCUUAAAAAAAUUCAGUGAGUUCCCGGGCCACUCUAAGGCCUUUAGAAAUUUUUCCCAGGCUUAAAAAAAAAUUCAGUGAGUUCCCGGGCCACUCUAAGGCCUUUAGAAAGACCUAAAAAUCAAAAAUCAGGUUUGAUUUUUCAAGAUUUCCUGAUUUUUGGCCCCCAACUUUUCGAAUUUUCUUUUACAUCAGGCUCACGUAUCACCCAUUAUCUCGGAAAAAUAACAGCCCGUUAUUUUUUUUAACAUUUGGAAAUUCAAAUUUUUGUUUGGGAUAAUCGUAGUUUUUUCGCCACAAAUUAAACAAAAAUCGAGCUUUUACAAUUUUGCCAUAUCGAAAAUCAGAUCUAAGACCUGGUCUUUAUGACCAUCUAGAAGUUCACCCGCGCUUCAGAAAAAUUCAGAGGCUUCUCAAGCUAUUAUGAGACCUUUUGGAAAUUUGCCCCAGGCUUCAAAAAAAAAUUCUGCUGCUCAAAAAGCCAAAAUUAAUGUCACUCUAUUUUUGUUUUCAGAGAAACGACUUUACCUAUCAAACAAUAAUCAGUCACCCGCAUCACCUACAUACCCGAGGAUCUUCUAA